UCUCAGUUUACGGCUCUAAUUAAUCAGUCAUAACUCGAAAAGGAAAAGAAGUAACAAACAAGAGUCCAUUCCGGUCUGUCUCUUCUUUCUUUACCCAUCAAGGAAUAACUUAAAUCUUAGUCUAUAGUUACCUACAGCAGUCCUACUAGGUUACUACUUACUACUACAAUCACACACUUUCAUACCCAGUUCACGAAAAUUUCUCCCUCCCCCUUUUUCUCUGUCUCUUUAGCGCUUCAAUCCAUCAUUUAUAGCAGAGAGUGGGAGGUUUAUUGCUUGGAGCUUUAACUUUCAGAUCAGCUGUACUCACAAAAUUGUAUUUGCAGAGUUCUCUUUUAUCUGUGAGCUCAGGGUGUCAUCCAAGUCUAAUAUGGGCUCUAAGCACAACUCAUCUGGCAACAGACGGAGUCCAGUUUCCAUAUUCAUAGUUCUUGGUUUGUGCUGUUUCUUCUACUUACUUGGAGCGUGGCAAAAGAGUGGUUUUGGAAAGGGAGAUAGUAUAGCCUUGGAAAUUACCAAGCGGACGGACUGCAAUGUCUUUUCUUCUUUAGACUUUGAAAGUCAUCAUAAUUUUGUGCCUACUGUUAACUCUUCUGAGCCAAAAGCCGAAAUGUUUGAGCCAUGUGAUGUUCGAUACACUGACUAUACUCCUUGCCAAGAACAGGAACGUGCUAUGACCUUUCCCAGGGAAAAUAUGAUAUACAGAGAAAGGCAUUGUCCACCUGAGGAGGAAAAGUUACAUUGUCUUAUUCCAGCACCCAAAGGAUAUAUGACACCAUUUCCAUGGCCAAAAGGCCGUGACUAUGUUCACUAUGCUAAUGUUCCUCAUAAAAGCUUAACAGUUGAGAAGGCUGUGCAGAACUGGGUACAGUUUCAGGGUAAUGUCUUCAAAUUUCCUGGUGGUGGAACAAUGUUCCCUCAAGGUGCAGAUGCAUAUAUUGAUGAACUUGCAUCUGUGAUUCCAAUCGCAGAUGGCUCUGUCAGAACAGCGCUGGAUACUGGUUGUGGAGUUGCAAGUUGGGGUGCUUACUUGCUGACGAGAAACGUGCUAGCUAUGUCAUUUGCACCAAAGGACAAUCAUGAAGCACAAGUGCAGUUUGCAUUGGAGCGAGGUGUGCCAGCUGUUAUUGGUGUUCUUGGAACAAUACGUCUUCCAUACCCAUCAAGAGCAUUUGACAUGGCCCAGUGUUCUCGAUGUCUGAUACCAUGGACUGCAAAUGAUGGGAUGUACUUAAUGGAAGUUGAUCGAGUUCUUAGACCUGGUGGAUUCUGGAUCCUUUCUGGACCUCCAAUUAACUGGAAUACCUACUACAAGACAUGGAAACGAUCUAAGGAGGAGCUCAAGGCAGAGCAAAGUAAAAUUGAAGAGCUGGCUGAGCUUCUUUGCUGGGAGAAGAAGUACGAGAAAGGAGAUAUUGCCAUCUGGAGAAAAAAAGUGAAUGCCGAAUCCUGCCAAAGAAAGCCUGACAGGAUUUGUGAAUCUAGUAAGGCUGAUGAUGUCUGGUACAAGAAAAUGGACGCGUGCAUAACUCCCUUACCUGAGGUUGCGAGUGCCAAUGAAGUAGCAGGUGGGGAAUUGAUGAAGUUUCCAGAGAGGCUAUUCGCAAUUCCUCCCCGAGUAGCUAAGGAACUUGUUCCAGGGGUCACUGUUGAAUCUUACCAAGAGGACAAUAAAUUAUGGAAAAAGCAUGUAGAUGCUUACAAGAGGAUCAUUAGGCUAUUUGGCACUACAAGAUACCGGAAUGUAAUGGAUAUGAAUGCAGGCCUUGGAGGAUUUGCGGCAGCACUUGAAUCACCAAGAUCAUGGGUGAUGAAUGUUGUGCCAACUAUUGCUCAGAACACUUUAGGCGUUAUCUAUGAGAGAGGUCUAAUUGGUAUAUAUCAUGACUGGUGUGAAGGCUUCUCUACUUACCCAAGGACCUAUGACCUCAUUCAUGCCAGUGGUAUGUUCAGCUUGUACCAGAACACGUGUGAAUUAGAAGAUAUCCUUCUAGAGAUGGAUCGUAUUUUGCGACCUGAAGGUACAGUCAUUUUCCGAGAUGGGGUUGACAUCCUAAACCGAGUGAGGAAAGUUACUAGAGGCAUGAGAUGGGAGACAAAAAUUAUGGAUCACGAAGACGGCCCCCUAGUACCUGAGAAGAUACUAAUUGCUGUCAAACAAUAUUGGGUAGGCAGCAGUGGGAACAGUACAUCUGCUGUUGAAUAAACCAUGACAUUGUAUGGGAAGUGAGUACAAUUACUUCAUGUUGGAAAUUUAUCUGUCCCGGGUGCGAUAAAAAGAUUUCGAUCCCUCAAAGGUGUUUAUUUAAGUUUAUUCAUGAACUGUCAUUGUUGACGUAAUGCAGUUACAAAUUUUAUUCUAGACAGUGUUCCUGGAUAUAAGUCUGGAGAAAAUGGCAAAAACAAGGCCCUUCUCUCCCAGUUAAUCAAGCAAAGGACUUUUAAUGGUGGUAGUAAUAAGCAACUGGUGAUAUUCUUUUGUUUUUGAUUGUGUACAAGGUGGAUAUUUUAGCUGUGCUUUAGUGCCUUGAAAGGUCUCUUUUUAUUCAGUCCUCUUUUUCUUGUUCCUUGUUUUGUUAUU